AUGAGCUACAGGUACCUCCACGACGAUAGACAGCAGUUUCUCAACGCGAUUGGCACCGAGUUGGCGUGGGGAUGGUCUCCUGCAAUUGAUUUCACUGAGGUGCUGGAGCGGCGGGAGAGAGACGCAGGGGAGGGUGACGCGGAAACCAAAGAGGAGCAAGCGGAAGGCAAAACCGCGACAGAGACUCAGGCAAAGGAGGACGCUGAAGCGGAUGCUGACAUGGAUGCCAUGAUUGCGGCGAUACAACAGCGAACACCGGCUGGAGCAAACGAGGGGGAGGACGGUAGCAACACAGUGCGUGUUCUCCUCUGCGGGGCCUGCGAUAUUAGACACAUCUUUCGCACUCUCUCCAGUCUACACGUAAAGUCCAAGUCCACCACGCAACCGUCGCCGGUGUACCACUUCUACGUUUAUGAACCCAACUUGCGAAUACACUGUCGCCACCUCUUUUUCCUGCAGUGGCUGCUGGACAGCAUGUUCUCCCUGGAUGAGCUGGAGGAGCGUGUAUUGAUGUUUCUUGAUGUGUUUGGUAACGCCCUGAUGCGCGAUGCCACCUCUGCCCAAAGCCGAGGCGUGUCUCAGCGGUUGUUGCGCGUGCUUAGAAACGAGGACGGUGAACUUGCCAGACUUGUCUCCUUUACCGAGAUGAAGUUCAAGGAGCGUGACUUUGUGGAGGAGCAAAUUGUGCAUUGGGCCCAGGAUACCUCGCGGGCAAACAUCGAGGAGUCGUGGUCGCGGCGUGUGCGUCAUGAGAUGGCAGAACGCUACGACAACCGCGAUAAUGUUAUUGACUGGGACUUUAAUUUUUAUCUUCGCGACUACACAAAUCUUAUCAAGUUUGCCGAGUACCGUACGUGGCGCAAUACGGGCAUUGCCUUUGAUGCAGCCCAUAUCAAUCCUCGCCGGGGGUUUACGUACACUUACUCCGUUCCAAAUAAGACGCUGUGCCACUUCAACGCAAAAGGGGUUGGAACGUACCUUGGCGACGUGAAGAACGGUCCCUUCUUUGCGCUUGGCGCUCAGACGGCAAACACGCACAUUCGUGCAAAGACGAUUGAUGGGACAUGCAAGUACGGUAAUGGUGUUGUCUCUAUGCAUAAUGUGCGGGCGUGGCUGUACGGCCUCCUGACGGGGCAUGCUUGGCCAUGGAGUGAUCAUGCCUUUGCCUGGGACGACCCCGUGAACUACAACCAUCUGCCUCCAGGGACGCCCAGCGACGUUACCCAGCAGGCAACCUUUCCGAGGGCGCAAUUUCACUUUAUCGGGCUGGACUUCACACGUUUCACACAACAUAUGCGGGGGAAGAGGAAGCAGAAUAAGUUUGACUUGGCGUUUGUGGGGACGAGCUGCACGCAGUUUAUGUCACCGGACUUCUUUGAGUGCACAAUGUGCAGAGAUGCGGUGGUCGUGGCGGAGACGGCGAAGUUUGUCAUUGAUGCCCGCGACGAGGCCAAGGCGGCUUUUGUGAACAAAAUUCACGAAAUGGCCAAGGCGGCGAACUGGGAGCAGAACGAUGCUCUCACGAAUCUGCUGCAUGCGGAUCAGCCUGAACCGCCAAAGUGCGAUAAGGACUCGCCCGGCAUGAAGGCGCAGAAAAUAGCCCUGGAGCGUCACCAAAUGCCGUACCAGGUGGCCUUGACACGCGCUCCAAGGCGUCCGGAGACGUGA